CCUGUUGUGCCCACUUUGAUUAAUUUGCUCCCAUUGGAAACGACAGGCUGUGGUCUAUAUUGGUUUAGUUAUAAAAAUCUUUGGCGUGGAAAUCUGAACUAACGCGUUCAAAGUGUCUUGGCCCAUAUGCCAGGAGGGUGGAGGCUAGAGUCUAAGACACUACAGGGCAAGGACACUCAUAGCAGUGCUCUUCACAUACUCCUCACAGACACAUCAUUGUAGAGCCUGAGGAAGAGCUCUCGUCUUUUUUCACCCUUACCAGGAAGAUCCCCCUUUUUAAGUCACCCGAAAGAAUGGAGGAAGGACCUUAUAAGUGUGUUAGAGAUGGAAACGGAACAGUGAAUCGGGUCAUUAGGAUGGGGACCAGGAAGAGCCAGUUGGCUCGCAUCCAGACUGAUUAUGUGGCAGAGAAACUGAAGACACUUUAUCCAGAUGUCCAUCUUGAAAUAGUUGCCAUGUCCACAAUUGGUGACAAAAUCUUGGACACUGCAUUAUCAAAGAUAGGUGAGAAAAGUCUUUUCACAAAGGAGCUCGAGAAUGCUCUGGAGAGGAAUGAGGUAGACCUAGUAGUGCACUCUCUCAAAGACCUCCCUACAACUCUGCCCAAUGGCUUCACUAUAGGAGCAGUGCUUCAGCGUGAAAGCCCACAUGAUGCAGUGGUGCUACAUCCAAAGAACAGUGGACUGACCCUGGACACUUUGCCAGAUGGCAGUGUGAUUGGUACUAGCUCUCUGCGUCGAGCUGCUCAGCUGAAGAAGAGGUUUCCUCAUCUGGAGUUUAAAGACAUUCGAGGUAACCUCAACACUCGUCUGAAGAAGCUGGAUGAAAAGGAGGACUAUGCUGCCAUCAUCCUGGCGGCAGCAGGGCUGAAGAGGAUGGGGUGGGAGGCACGAGUCAGCCAGGUUCUUGGCCCUGAGGACUGUAUGUAUGCUGUUGGCCAGGGUGCCCUUGCCGUGGAGGUGCGGGCGCGAGACUGUGACAUCUUGGAGAUGGUGUCUACCCUGCACCACUCAGAGACUGUGCUGCGCUGCAUAGCAGAGAGGGCCUUUCUCAGACGCCUGGAGGGAGGUUGCAGUGUACCAGUUGCUGUGAACACAGAAGUGAAGGACUCGGUGCUCUCUCUGACUGGUGCUGUGUACAGCCUGGAUGGAGCUGACAGCUUGAAGGAGGCCAUGGAAAUCAGUGUAGACCCAGGAAAUAAGUUAGAGUCGGCGGCAGACAUCCAGCAUGUUGGGGUUACAGCCCACAAUGUGCCUCAGUGUGCCCAGGUAGCAGCUGAGAAGCUGGGGGUGGACCUGGCCGAUCUCCUGCUCAGCAAAGGAGCCAUGGAGAUCCUGACCACUGCUCGGAAACUCAACGACGCACGCUAAGGCCCUCUCUCCACUCCUACAGCGGGUCCCAAUUUGCUCCCUACCCCUUCCUUUGGCUCUCUAACCUUUCGGCCAAGGGGAACAAGUAGGGAGCGGAUUGGGACUGGCUGCCUAACACUGUGCAAGCCAUCGUCAGCAUCCAAGACCAGCAGAAGUCGGCAGGGUCUUGAUAAUGUUUACUCUGAAUAUGUACAGAUUCACCUCAGUUGUAUUGUAUAAGCUAAAUGUAUAUGAUCCUAUUUAUGUAUGAGCUACUACUCUGGGUAAAUACUAGGUGAAAAUUUGUAUAGAUACUGAGGGUUAAGAAUGUACCAAACAAAGAUUUCUGUGAGUAUGACUGACCAACUCCACACACAGUAUUACAACUGAACCGUAUGACAGACACAUCUCAGGCAAGGCCCCUGGCCUUUUUUUAAUCACUUUUCUAAGCAAGAACAAAAUGAUGUUCAAACCUGGAAUAUAUUGACAGCAAGAGAAUGUUGUCACAAGUGAAUAUAUAACUAUCAACUCUUACUGGAAAAUGUAUCAUACCGAUAGUGCCAUGUUUGUAUACAUUAUGUGCUUUCUAUGAAGCCUUCAUAUCUGCUUCAGCUCUAUAAAUACCGACCAGUUGUACGGAGUGAUUAGUGCUUUUUGAGGUCGUUUCAAUUAUUUAAAAGUUAUACAUUAAAUGCAGUAACAGACUAGAACAAAAGUCCCAUGAUGGUGACUGCCCAUCAGUUUGCCAUGUGCCUAUUACUUGUUUGAUAUUUCAUUUGCUGAGCUGCUAUUUUAGUUACUGAAGUGCAUACUUUUGUCUGAAUACCAACUAUCAGGUAGAGCUCAUGUAUCCCUCUUGAAUUAUGUCUGUAGCAGGAGUAAAAGAGAAACAGACCGCGUAUGCGCUCAAUGGAUAAUGGUCAUUGUAGUUAAUUACCUUCUGCGUUAAACUGAAUAAAACUACAACUCCCUAAA